UCUGUACUCAAUUCCAGGAGAUUUUAGUCAAAUUGGAGAGAAUUCGGGAAUGGAAGCUUUGAGAGCCUCAUACGGUGACGCAUACUCCGACUCGGAAUCUGAAGCCUCUUCUCCAUCCGAAGCGCUGUCCGCGAACCCAAAUUCAAGUUCAAAUUCGACGGUAAAUUUGCCUCCUCCUCCGCUCUCGCUCCUCACCCCGCCAACUUCUAUCGGUUUUGCGGAGGACUACUUGCCAAAACGCAGCGCCACUCGAGUCAGGAGCUUCCCUCAUGUAGAAGGAAAUUAUUCUUUGCACGUCUAUAUUCCCGUAUAUAUACCCUUUACAUCGAAGAAGGAGGUGGCCCUGUUUCUUGGGAAGGUGUCUAAUCAUGUGCCUGGUCUUCACCUUGUUGAUGUGGAUGUCCCACUUGCCCUUCUCGGCAAAGAUGAUCAAAAGCUUGAACAAGUUGCUCUGGGAAGGGAAUUCCACAUCAGUUUAGGAAGAACUGUCCCAAUUAGAGUGCACCAGAUUGAUUCAAUGGUAGCAUUGCUUCGUCAGAAGCUUCAGAAUCAGAAACGGUAUUGGAUUGAUUUUAGUAAGUGGGAAGUUUUUGUCAAUGAUGAUCAAACACGCUCCUUUCUUUCAAUAGAAGUUGUUACAGGAGGAUUAGCUGAGAUUACAAACCAAAUUGAAGCAGUUGAUGAGGUUUAUAAGCUUCACAAUCUCCCCGAAUUUUACAAGAAUCCUCGCCCACAUAUAUCGUUGGCUUGGGCAUUGGGUGACGUUAGCGAUUCUUUGAAGAGAGUGGUUGAAGAUGAAAUCAAACGGUUACAUCUGAAGGACUCAUCAAGAAGACGUAUUUUUACUUGUAAAUUCAGUGGCAUUGAAUGUAAGAUUGGCAAUAAAACAUACAAAAUAUGUAAAAUUCCGGAUGAAUGUUAGAACCUCAAGAAGACGAAUAUUGGGGAAUAACUUGCUUUCGAUUGUACUAUUCAUAAUGUCCUGUGCUAUCUUAUUAAGUAAUGAGUUGAUCGAUUGAAAACGAAGCUGUUGCUAGUUUUGAUUGUAUGAUACCUAGUUGGAUCUUGAAUGUGUUGCACAGA